AUGGCGAUCCGCCGCUUCCCGCAGGCCGCGCUGCUGGGCGCGUGCGUCGCACUGGCGGCGUCCCAGGGCUGCCGCGCCGGCGCCGUCAUCCUGCCGCCGCCCUCGCCGGCCGCAGCUGCUGCGACCAUUUCGCUGCAGCAUGCCAUGCCGGCGGCCUCCGUGACGCUGGCGGCGCGCAAGAGCGCGCUGCCCUCAGCAGCGGAGCUCAAGUACAAAGUGCUGAAUCUGUUCUCAAUCCCCACCACCGGGAAGCUUUUCGUGGUGCUGGCCGUGUCGGUGCCAGUCGUGCUGGCGGGCGGCGUCGCUUACAGGAAGGCAAUGGGCUGCUCCUGGUCUCAGGCGCUCACCAAGGCGUAUCACGUGAUGGGCAAUUGCCCAGGCAGUGACAUCACCAAUGAGGAGAAUGCGGCCGCCCUGACUGUGGUCAACGCUGUGUACCUCGCAGGCCUGCUAGGGUUCGCGGUGGUGCUGGGUAUCGUGACGGAUGACAUCAGCACGGCAGUCAACCAGGUCCGCAGCGGGAACUUCCGGGUGGUAGAGCGCGACCACACAGUCAUCCUGGGCUGGAACCGGCAGACACUGCCCAUCCUCAAGCAGAUUGCCAUCGCCCAUUCUCAGGCCGGUCCUGACAAGCCGUUUGGCACGCCGGUGGUGGUGCUGGCUGACCGCGACAAGGAGACCAUGGACGAGGAGCUCCGGGAGGGACUGGGCACCUCACUCCACGUCAUCAGCCGAACGGGGUCCGCCUCACGGCUGGAGGACCUGCGGCGCGUGGCGGCCGGCGCCGCGUCGACGGUGCUGGUGUCUUACCCAGAGGGCGGGGAUCAGGACUUGGCAGUAGCUGAGCAGGCGGCCUCGCUGGCGGCGCUGAAGCGGGAGGGAGGGCCGGAGGGGCAGCGGGUGGUGGUGCAGGCGGACGGCUCCAGCGGCGCGGACGACCUGGCGGCGGCCGGCAUCGCGCUGCGGUCGCUGCGGGGCGUCGGCGGCGCGGAAGGGGCGGCGGCGGAGCUGGUGGUCACGAGGGGGGAGAAGCGGCUGAGCCAGCUCAUGGCCCAGGUGGCCCUCCAGCCCGGCCUGGAGUACGUGCUGGGUGACCUGCUCGAGUUUGAGGACGAGUACCAGGGGGCAGAGUUCUACAUGGCCCCCCUGGACGACAGCCUGGCAGGCCGCCCCUACCGCGACGCGCGCCGCUCGUUCCGCGCGGGCUGCGUGAUUGGCUUCAUGCACGGCGGCCCCGGCGGGCGGCUGCUGCUCAACCCCAAGGACGGGGAGGUCGUGCCGGCGGGCAGCCAGCUCGUGUUUGUCACCAGCGCCUUGUCGGUGGAGCCCACAGAGGCCCCCGUUGAGCCUGCGAUGCCGCGCUUGCGGCGCGCGCGCGGCGGCGGCAAUUUGCGGCGCAAGCACGUCGCGGUGCUGUCGUUUGGGGACGACUCGGCCGCCAUCCUGCAGGCCCUGGGGGACUUCUGCCCCCGCGGCAGCCGCGUCACCCUCAUCAGCAGGCGAGCAGACCCGAACGCGAAAGAGGCCCUCAAGCCGCUGCAGCGCCGCGGUGUGCGGGCGACGGCCGUCACGGGCAGCCCCGCCAGCGGGGCGACCCUCAGGGCCGCGCGGCUGGACAGGGCUGACGUGGCCGUGCUGGUCGGCCUGGGGGCUGACUCUGGGGACUCACAGAUCGUCGCCAGCGUGCUGCAGCUGCAGGCGCUCUCCUCGCAGCAGCUCGCGGCCGGCAGGCGCGCCACCUCCCUCGACGUGGUCGCCGCCGUCAACUCGACCUCCACUGAGGAGGUCCUGUGGCACGCGACGCUGUCGCACGAGGCCGAGGCCGCGGCCGUCGCGGCGGCGGGCGGCAAGAAGGGGGCGGCGCUCGCGGAGCUGCCGGCUGCCGUGCAGCUGCACAUGCUGAACCCGGACCAGCUGAUGAGCGGGAUGGUCACGCAGGCCGCCAUCGAGCCGCGGCUCAACCGGGUCUUUGCAGAGCUGUUCACGAGCGACCUGGGGCAGGAGGUCUACUUGAAACGCGCCGCGUGCUUCGGCCUGCCGCCGGCCGGCAAGGGCCCCGUAUCCCUCAGCUGGGCGCAGGUGCAGGAGGCGGCCCGCCUGCGCGGCCAGACCGCCAUCGGCAUCGCGCCCGCGCACGGCGGCCCGGACGCGAUCCGGCUGGCGCCGGCGGCCGACGAGCUGUUUGUCAUCCGCGACAACGACGAGAUCGUAGUCAUCGCGGCCGAGUAA